AGACGAGAGGGCUCGUCGGCGAAGAGGAAAACUUUUUCGAUAAGAAAAUAUCAGACAUUAACAAUUAUAAUUGUGAGAAUUAAAUUUAAAAAAAAUAAAAAAAUUCAAACUUUUACCUUCAGGGACCGUCUUUUCUGCCUUAUAAAUGGCUGGGAACGACGGUUUCGUUGCAAUUCAAGAGAACUUUCUCUGUCUCGUGAGCGACCCUAUCACGUGUCUCUCCCUUUUCCAUUUCGUUUUCUUGUUGGUUUCCCAUGAAAAAUUUUUAAUUGGGUUUUUCUCAUUUUAAUACUUCCUCAGGCGGUGUUUGAUGUUUCCUUGUGGGAUUUAUAAAUCUCAUUCUUGCGUAUAGGAUUCAGUUAAGGGAUUUGAUUUGAGAGGUUUCACGAAAGAGAAUGGGAGAAAAGAAGCAACUGGGUUCGUCUUCUUCUUCACUCACUUGUGAACUCUUCGGGUCCAAGGAGUCUUACCCGUCUCCAUCUUCUGGGAUUUUCGGGUCCAUAUUUUCUCCUUCUUCAAAGGUAUUAGGGGGAGAAUCUCUGCUUUCUGAAUUGAACGGGAAAACUCCAAGCGGCUCAUUGAGCUCCGAAAUCGGAACUCGUGAUGUUAUCUCAAGGAUGAAUGAUAAUGAAACUCAGUGCAGAGCAAAUAAGGAAAUGAGUUCCAUCUAUCAAGAACAAAGAGUUCAGCCUUGCCACCUUAGUUCUUCCAUCUUUUACGGGGGCCAGGACGUAUAUUAUCAUCCUCAAAAUACAGAAAAUGCAGGAUUGAACUCUUUGGCAAGUAACAAGAAAGAUGGAGGGGAGGAUGAUUCAGGAAUCGCUUCAAGAGGCAACUGGUGGCAAGGAUCUCUCUAUUAUUAAGAUCAUACUUGCCAAAUUAUAUGUUCAUCAAGGUACUUACGUCCACACUUGUAACCGACUGGGCGAUUAACAAAGUUGCAGCGCUUGGGAAUGGUAAGGGCAAUCUGUGGAUUGACUCCGGAGCUUUUGGCUGUGUCAGAGAGCAGAACAGCGCAGAGGCAGCCAGGGUUCUGCCCAAUUUUCUUGACCUGAGCACAGCAACUCCGAGGGACCCUGGCACUUUCAUCUUGAGCUGCUGUAGCACAAGGAGCAAGAUUGAGAGCCUCAUUAUCUGGUGUGGUAGACCCCCCACAUUCUCCUGCACCCACAACUCUCUCUAUCACUCCAACACUUACAAACAAUGCCACCAUCCCAACAAUGCACAGGAACUUCAUAGGAGCCUCCAUUUUCCUGAAUAUGUGAUCUCUGUGAGUGAAGUGAACAACUCCUACUUCUUCACUAUCUCUUGAUGCAGGAACGUUUUGGCUGUGAUGGGGUAUUUAUAGCCCAAAUUCGACUUCACAAGUGUGGUUGGUCUAGGGACCCACCUGGGAUUAAUGGAGGUUGCACUAGGACAAAUGAUGGGUUUUCUUAUUGUACCACUUCACUUUGCUACUAGGAUUAUGGUGUUAAAGUAUGAAAGCAAUGUUGUUGCUCUGUCUACUGUCUAAUCAAAGUUGGUGAAAUCCUUGCUAGAGCGUUUCUUUUUGGAUUUGAGCCUUCCAGGUGUUGCCAUUACUCGCAGUAUGCUAACAAAAAGAGCUUCUUUUCCUGCCACCUCACUGUCCAUCAAGGUUGUUUCUUUUUGCACAUGAAACAGCAAACAAGAAUAUGGGUUCCGUCUAUCAGGAUCAAGAACAAAGAUUUCAGCCUUGCCAAUCUAGUUCUUACAUCUGUUAAGGAGGCCAGGAGUCAGUACAUGUAAUUUUAUCGUAUUAGUAUAGAGAAGCAAAAUUAAACUCGUAUGGUACGUGAAUUUAUUUCUUUUCGCAUGGAAUGCCUCUGGAAAUUAUUUCAAGGGAGUGGUUAGAUUAAAGAAUUAUUGGUGUAACCAUUAACUGUUCAUGAGUCCGUAUAUGUAGAAUAUAAAUCGUGUAAAUCAAGACGCAACUUAAUUGGUUUAUAUCUGAAGAGAUCAAGUCUAUAUAUAUAGAACUUCAAAUUUUAAGUCAUGUUU